UUCUACUUCCGACACUUGACGAAUACUAUGGAUCUGACUCCCGAGCAAUUAUCUGUCGCGCGGAAAACAAAAAAUCUUCUUCGGAAAGUCGAAACAGCUGUUCGAGACUGGCCGUCGGUGCAUACGGAGCCUUGGGUGCAAGAGUUGUUCAAUUCCGCUGCGGUGAGCGAUGAGUGCAUUGGAUGCCCAUCGACAAAUGAUUCGAUGAAGAGGUGCGACCUGAAGCAGCUGGCAGUUCUGUUCCUCAAUAGAAUAUGUUUCGGUUGUGCGCAAAUUUUUGUGGCUGUGUACGAGAUUCUCGUCAACGUGGAUAGAGAUGACUAUUACUAUCUCUUCUCGGAGAUCUAUGCUUACUCAAGGAUUUCUGAUGAUGGAUCCUUAAAGAUUCUCCCCGCGACUUCUGAGAGAAUGCAUAGCAUGGAUGGGACCGAGAAUAUGGUUUACGAAAUCGUUUACAUUCAGAAUAGGCCAGAAGAUGACAUGAACGGAAAGUUGAAACUGCGUCAUGAUGAGUUUACCAAGUAUAUGGACGUUUCAGCUUUCCAAAGAAAAAAAGCUCUGUCUUGGGAUGAGGGAAAAAGAAAUGCUCCAAGCUUGUGGUCUGAUAGUGCGAUGAGAUGGCUGCAAGGACGCAUAGACACUUGUCUCAACAUGCAUCCAUCCUGCCAGUCGCGUCACGGUACAUGUUUGCCAACGAGGAUUCUUGAUGUGAGCAGAACUGCGGAUAGAAUCUUUCUCGUAGAUGGCGAACUGCCGGUCUCUCGAUACAUCUGUCUGAGUUAUCGUUGGGGCUCUUCAGAAACUAGUCUCCGGACGACAACAACGAACUAUGAUGAGGACAAGGCAGGAAUACCAAUCUCUUCGCUAUCUUUGAUGUUCCAAGAUGUUGUGAGGCUGGUUAGGCAUCUCCAAGUGCGCUACCUUUGGAUAGACUGCCUGUGCAUAGUACAAGACUCAUUGGAUGACUGGGUACAAGAAUCUAGCAAGAUGAGCGACGUAUACGCAAAUUCAUUCAUGACAAUUGCUGCGAGCUCUUCUAAUGGUGAGAGUAAUCGCCAGCUCAUGGAAGUAGACCCGGAAUACUGCGGUUGGUUUCUGCCAUCGGGAUCUGACAUGCCACACCUCGUUCGCCGUUCAAUCGACCACGAUCUUUUCAACGCCAGCGAUUUCCAAGAACGAAAUUUUGAUCUCUUUCCCCUACUUGCGCGCGGGUGGGUGUACCAAGAACGGGCUUUGAGCCCUCGAUACGUGCACUUUGGGCAAGAGAUGGGUUGGGAGUGCAGAGAAUGCACUCGGUGUGAAUGCGCAUUUGCCUUUGAUGACAAUCGGUGGAAACUGAAAAACCAUUCUUCUACUGAUGAAGAAUAUCCAGGGAGUGCAGCUGAGGCAUGGCAUGCGCGCGUCGAAGGGUACAGUGGUCUGCAACUGACCGUCCCCCAAGACAUCUUCCCAGCUAUCGGCGGAAUCGCCCGGAACUUCCCGCGUAGUCAUAAAGGCUUGGGGAGAUACGUUGCAGGUAUGUGGGAAACCACUAUAAUCCACAGUCUUUGCUGGCACAGCAUUCAUCCCGAUCAAGCAAAACGAGUAACCCCGUGGCGUGCUCCGACUUGGAGCUGGGCAGCGAUGGAAGGCCCCGUUAUAUUCUUCCUAUUAUUAAAGACUUCUUAUGAGCUUGUUUCCAUAGAAUUCGAGCUCCUUGGGAAAGACGAGUUUGGUGCAUUGAAGAGAGCUUCAAUAGCACUACAAGGCUUCGUAUAUCUCGUUCCGACGGACGGUAUCGACGGGAGUGAUAUGUCACCUUCUUUCGGCUUGAAAGAUGUUUGGGGUAGAUGGGACUGUGACAUGGAUCCUGCGAGGACCGAGAUGAUCACUGCGCAUAGUCCGAUUAUUCUCUUCCUCUUGGGUGAAGGCGGUUUGGGCGGGUGCCAAUACUUGAUACUCGUCGAGGUCAGAAAAGAUGUCUAUGAACGCCUUGGCUUUUUACAAGCGGAAGAUCCUGACGAUAUAGAAUACUUGGAAGCGCACAGCAAAAAGCAGCAAAUCACAAUCGAAUGAAACCGAGCCUGUUUUGCCAACCUCUUUGGAACUCAGCCCGCUGGAUUUCCAGGAUACUGCACCUCCCAAUUCCAAGCGUUUGCUAAAUCAGGUUAUAUCACACUCUUUGUUUCUUCUUCUUCUUCAUCCCUUGAUCGAACGUCGUAUACAAAUGUACUCUCAUUAGUCGAAGCAAGUUAUCAAGCAAAUGAUUAAGUUUCUUCAAGGAUGAGGAUAAUGAUGAUGAGGGUAGUGGGAGAGUUUUGUGAACACGUGCAAUUUGUUUCUUCUUAUCCAUCUAUCUAAUCAUCCUUUCUGGAACUGGAACUGAAGCAGCACAACCCACAACGUCUAACCACUAAAUCUCUUUCUCUUUCUUUCUCUUUUUCGCUUUCUAGCUCUAGCUCUAGCUCUAAUGCCAACUCUCGUUCUAUAUGCGCGUAUAUGAUCGAUGCUACUAUACAACAUUCCAAUCGUUGGGUUGCUCCCUGGCCCGAUGCUGAAAGCAAAGUCCUUUUGUGGACCUUUUUGUCCCUGCCUACCUUUCAUCAAAUUAUUCUUAUUGGUAUUUUUGAGUGUAUGAAUCACUGUAACUUCCAAUAAAAAGAAUACAAGAUAAAAACUCAAACAUUCUAAUCUUUCUAUCUCC